GCGAACCAGACGCCCUCCCUCACCUCUCAGGUUACCCUCCCUCCACGCGCGCGCGGUGGUUUGUGCUAUCCCGCUCGCGGUCGCGGUCAGAGAGCGGCCGUUCUCUCUUCGUAUCUCUCCCUCUUUCUCUAGACCGGAGGCGGAUGGCCGGGCGGAGCAGCGGCCUCUCCAUGGUGGCGUCGCACCGGCUGUUCGCGCCGGUGCACGGCGUGGGCGGCGCCGACCACGGCGCGGAGCUCGACGAGGCCGACGUCAUCUGGGGCGGAGGUCCGGCGUCGUCGUCCCCGUCGUCGUCGUCGCCGUUCCUGCCCUCCGCCGCGGCGGCGGACCCGUACGCGCGGUCGCCGCCGGUGGCCGCGCCGUCCAAGCCCAAGCCGCGCGGCGGCCCGGGCCCGGCGUCGUCGGUGCCGGUCAACAUACCGGACUGGUCCAAGAUCCUCGGCGCGGAGUACGCCGGGAGCUGCGCGGGCGCGCGCGGGUGGGCGGCGCACGACGACGCCUUCGCCGAGGACGCGGCGGGCAGCGGCGGCCGGCGCUGGGUGCCGCCCCACGAGAUGCUGCAGUUCCGGGAGCGCGCCGCGGCGUCCUUCUCCGUGCGCGAGGGCGCCGGGCGCACGCUCAAGGGCCGCGACCUCCGCCGCGUCCGCAACGCCAUCUGGGAGAAGACCGGCUUCCAGGACUGACCCGGUGGCUGUCCCCCCAGCAAGCCAGCCACCGCCGCCCGCCGCCCACCUCGACGGCAAUGCCCGCCGCGGCCUCGUUGAUCCCGUUCUCGCCUUUGAGGAGGAGGGAGAGAGGAGCGUUCGCUCUGAUUAGUGGCCUCA